CAAAUUUUAGACAAGUUUUAUCAAUAAAAGUCUAGUAUUUGCUGCUUUAUUCAUCUCUAAAAGUAUUUAUAGUCCCAUAGUAUGAGAUGUACUGGCAUGACCGAUCAUCAUUUCUAAGAAGUUUGAGUAGUCAGCCAUGCUGACCAAGAUAUCUAGGAAAGCUUUGACUUCUUCAUCUGUUCUGGACUUGGCUUUGAGAGCCUCGACAAACUCAUCAGGGCUGACUCCGGAUUUCUCAAUGAGGUCUUCAAUCUUCUUCUCAAAAAUACCUUGGAAUUCUUUGUACACCUCAGUAAAUUCGAGUCUGUGCUCUUCAAGAUCAGUUCCUUCGGUGACAUCAAAGAGCUCUUUGUGCUUCUCAGCGAAGUUUUUGUACAUCUUCUCUCCGCUAUCUUCUGAGUCACCAAAAUAGAACUCAUUGAUGGCAAGCAUGGCUUCUUGGAGCUUCUCUUCAGACAU